AUGUCUAAGGUAAAGAGUAGUGAGACGGUGAAGGUAGUGGUCCGCUGUCGACCAUUAAACCGGAAAGAGGCGGCUGCGGCUGGGGUUACCGGGACACCAGGAGGAAGGGGCGGGAUCGUAGAGAUGGACGUACAUCUGGGUCAGGUGGUCUUACGGAACCCACGAGCUCCGUCCGGCGAGCCGCAGAAGACGUUUACAUUCGACUCUGUGUACGACACAUCAUCUAAACAACGUGACCUGUACGAUGAGACGGUACGCCCACUGAUCGACUCGGUCCUGGACGGGUUUAAUGGAACAAUCUUUGCCUACGGCCAGACAGGCACCGGAAAGACCUAUACCAGGCCAGAGAGCCGGGGCAUCAUCCCCAACGCCUUCGAGCGCGUCUUCACCACUGAACACCAGUACCUGGUCAGAGCCUCUUACCUGGAGAUCUACCGAGAGGAGAUCAGGGAUCUAUAUAACAGACUAUAA